AUGCUGUGCCCAGGUCCGGACGACCGCGGAGAGGCCAUCGCGGCGGUGCGGCAGGCCACCGAGCAGCUGCAGGAGCCCGUCGGGCAGUGCCCACCAGCCCUGCUCGGCCGCGUCUGCGGGGGCGGCGGCGAGAGGCUGUUCGAGCUGGAGGGCGCGGUCUCCAGGGAGAGCUCCCAGCGGCUGGACGCGCACGCCGCCACGGAGGCGCAGACCGGGCGCCUCGCCAGGGCGCUGGAGUCGGCGCAGGGCGCGUGGCGGCGGGAGAGCUCGAAGUUGGCGGGCGAGCUGCGGGACAUGGGCAACAAGCUGGACGCGACCGCGGAGGGCAGCGCGCAGCGUUGGGAGCAGCGCUUCGCCGGCGCGGCGCACGGCAUCGGGCAGCGCCUCGAGGCCCUGGAGGAGCAGGUCGCCGCCGCGAGGACCAACGACAGCAGGGCGGAGGACCGCCUCUCGGCCUUGGCGCGCGCCCAGGACGGCGCGCUGCAGGACCGCGGGCAACCGCCGCCCCACCGGUGUACGCAGAGGCAGCACUUGGGAUCGCCUCAUUUGUACAUCGCGCGCGCCGUGUUCAAGUCAAUGUUCGACUCAGAGAAGCUGAAACAAAAGGAAAACCAGACCUACCAGGCGAUGGUGCUCUUCUUCGGGAAGUUAUUGUUGUGCAGCUCGGCUGCGGAGCUCGGCUUGGUCAUCAGGCAUUCUGCGUGCAAGAAGUGCUACACCGAUGACUACACCAGGAUGCAGUUCAUGAUAGCGGGCGACAUCUCGGUUCCGACCGCUUCGGGGGCAUCGGACACGGCGACGGUGCGAACGCUGAGCAAUACGGAGAUGGAGCAGGUUAUCAUCAAGGCGGUUCAGACCGAGGGAGGCAAGUUCAAGUUCGGCACCGCUCCUCAGGGGCAUCUGGAGAGCUUGGCGCAGCGGCUGAGCGUCAAGACCGAGAGAGGCCGGGGCAAGGGCAAGCGCGGCAAGCGUGGGCGGUCCAGUAUCCCGCUCUUGCUGGUGUGGUUCGUGAGGCUCGAGGCUUCUGAAGUGGAUCUUUAUCGGAUGGCGGCGGCAAAGCAGACGGCAUUGGUCAUUAAGCUCGAGGCCGAGCUUGAGAGGGCCGUGGCAGCUGCGCGUGAAGAAGCAUCGCGUGCGGACGACCUCGAAAAGAACAAGUUCAAUCCCGCCGAGCUCCAGCAACCCAAGAGGGCGGGUGGACAUCCAGGAAAUCAUUCGGCAGCGGGCCCAAGCCAUGGCGGACGCGCCCCGUACCGCCUGCCGCCGCCGAGGAAGCGUGUGCUGGCGCUGCUGGUCCCCACGGCGAUGCUCGCGUGGCAGGCUGUCGCUUUCGUCUAUGUUGGCUAUGUUGAGAUCCAGCUCCACGGGUUCGAAGACGACACCAGCGUGGGCCAGCUCGUCCAUUGCACAGGCCCCGAAGUUGCCGCGACCACCGGCGUUGGUCGCCAUGGGUCUAGAUUCUUCCGGGUUUGUUUGCCGCCGCUGUCGAGCUCUCGGAACCGUUCCAAAGCUCCGGGACGGUGCCUGCGGCUGCACGAGGACUGCACCGCUGUCGGGCGUGCCGGUCUGACCUUCCACCGGUUGUCGGAGGCGGCGUCCCUCCUCUCCGCGGACGGCGAGCGCGCCGCCGUCCGGCGCGGCGCGGCCUGGCGCGGGGCUGCCGCCGCCGCGGUCUGCGGCGCCUGCAUGGUGGCCGCGUCGGGGCUUGCCGCCGGGGCGCGGCGCGGCCGCGCUGGCGCGGCGGGGCGGUCUGCCGCGGCGGGCACCGUCGGCCUCGCGGAGGAGCAGCAGCAACAGCAGGAGAACGGGGCCGGAAGCGGGGGCCGCCUGGGGUCCUUCCUGGUCAUCGGCGAUUGGGGCUGGGACGACAACGUGCACGGGAACACGUACAGCUCUGACUGCCAGAAGCAGAUCGCGGAUUUGAUGGCCGAGGAGAUGGAGAGGCUCGGGGACGUGAAGUUCAUCAUCAACGUCGGCGAUUCGUUCUACCCGAACGGAGUGACCUCGAAGGACGACCCCGCGUGGGAGACCAAGUGGAGAGCCCGAUACUCGGAGGAGCUCCGCUCCGUGCCCUGGUACAGCGUGUACGGCAACCACGACUACCAGCACGACCCCUGCGCAUGCGGCGACGGCCCGGCGGACUGUGCACAGGUCAACGACGAUAUUGACGACCUGAGGGGCACUGUGGCGGACAUGCCCGGCAACAGUUGGUUCAAGGAGCACCCCGAGAUGGACCUGGAAGUCGUGGCCCUGGACAUGAACCAUCUGAUGUGGGCGUGGGACAAGAAUGCAUCGCCUCACGAGCAGUGUCCGCUGGAUUGUUUCUACAGCCCCUGCCAGAAGAAGUGCGAGGCAAACCUGAAGGCUCGCUCCGACGAGGGCUUCGAGCUGUUCUACUCUCGAAUCAGCGAGAGCACCGCGAAAAACAUGGUGGUGUUCACGCAUUACCCUACGGACUAUUUCUGGAAGUAUCCAGACUUCUUGGGCGCGCUGAGAAACGGCUCCAAACGCCACCUUGAGUUUUUCGGUGGGCAUCGACACAACGUUGAUCAGGACAGUACGACCUCCAUCGAGCCCAACAGCAACUGGCUUGUAGGAGGCGGCGGCGGCUGGGGCUGCGAUGGGGAGCAGCAGGGCAUCGUGGUCGGCGAGCUGCGGAAGGGCAAGAAGCUGGCCACGCGCGCCGUGCUGCUGGACGACCCCAGCAGCUGCUGCGGACCGCCGCAGGCUGGCCGCCGGGGCCGGUGCGCGAGUGCCAGCUCGUGUAGCGCGCCCGCGCCGGCAGCGAGCCCGGGCGCGGGCGUCCGGGCGUCCCUCGGGAGGAGUGUGAGGUGCAGGAUCAUGAACGCGAUCUGCGACCCCUUCUCCAGCGGCAGCGUCCGCCUGUGGGAGGCCGUGCCCGACCGAGGAAAUCUCUUCAACUCGCACUGCCAGAGGGCCAUCGCGACUGCGAUGCUGGACAAGAUGCAGGAGCUCGGCGAUGUCAAGUUCAUCAUCAACGUCGGCGAUUCCUUUUACCCUCACGGAGUCGAGAGCAGGUCGGACCCGCAGUGGGACAAGCACUGGAGAAACAGGUACGCGCCAGAGCUGCGCUCCGUGCCGUGGUACACCACCUACGGUAACCACGACUAUCAGCACGAUCCGUCCCUCCGCUUGGGCAAUCUCCGGCCGCCCAAGUCCGUGCCAGCCCGCUCUGGGCUCGGAACCGGCCAGGGCAGCACCUGCGAGGAGCACCCAGAGCUCGGGCUCGAGGUGGUCUCUCUGGACCUGAACCUCUACAUGGUUGGCACGUUCAUCGCUCUGGGUAUGUUUGUCGACUCCGAGGAUGCUUGGAAGCGCGACCAGGAUCCCUACCCGGCCGACUGCCAGUGGACGCCGUGCAAGGAGCGGCAGGGUAACUUGAUGCUGGCAGGAUCUGUCGACGGCCGUCUUUCCCCAGAGGCGGCGGAGGGCAUCAAGGCCAAGGAGGCGGUCGACCACCACGAUGCCCUGCGCCAGAAGCUGGACAGCCAGAGGCCCUGCGUGGCUGAGAUCGUUCGCAGUCUGAAGGUGUGCAGCAUUUUGGACGGCUCGUGCUCGGAGAUCCCAGUAUCGUUCGAGGGCCCGGUUUCAACGGAGGCGAUCCAGCUCUUCAAGGCUCGGUCACAGGCCGCGAUUGAUUGGUCCUUUGUACUGCUCUUCCGCUCCCAGCUCUGUGGAGGCUCGGUGCCCAUGCGCGACUCGAAGGACUACCUCUGGCCGUCGGAGGACCUCAUGGGCAGCCUCAAGAGCUCCAAGGGCGCCAGUGGUGGCCACCGGCACAACGUCGACCAGGACAGCUGCGCAUCGAUCGCCCCGAACAACCAGUGGCUCGUGGGCGGCGGCGGCGGCUGGGGCACCGACGGCGAUCAGCAAGGCGCGCACGGACAAGCAAACCCGUCGCAUGCUGGACCGCCAGAGGCUUCGUGGUGGGAGAGAUCAGCGACGAUUUCACCAUCAAGACUUACCCCGUGCUGAUGGACAUGCCAUGCGGAGGGAACGGAGAGUUUGGAAUGGUAGAGGGAGGGAAUAGAAGGAUGGAGAGAAUGAGGCACCUGGCCCAUGACGACCAUCGCACGUACAUGCUCCCCUGGUUAAGCAUAUCUCGGUUUCGGCAAGGCCGCCGUGCUGCUUUGAUGAGGAUGCCUGUACGCAGGAGUAGAGCGGCGUAAUGCAGGCGUAGUCGCGUCGGGAUCGCGACGCCAGGGCGCCUCAGCGUCGGUGCGGUAUGGGCGGUAGGGAUCAGAUGUAAAGGUUCUG